ACUUCUUCCAGAAGCCUCGUAACAAUCCAGUGAUAUAUUAUCUGAUCACGAGACCAAGUGCCGACACCUCAUGGCCAAGCACGUCAAACGGCAAUCUAAGAUUCCGUACACUAGAUUUCGUCGAUGACGUCUUAGAACAGGGUCAGUACUCGCUCCCGGGGCGUAGUAGCAGAUAAAAGGGACCUCAGUGGAUGCAAUAACCCAUCGUCCACUCUCUCCCCGUCUUUUCACACUCAGUCGUCUUCAACAUUAUCCCACUUUCAAGUUCGGGUUGAACAAAAAACCACCAAUACCUCUCACCUCACCCCAAGACAGCAUGACCACUUUCCCCUAUGUCAUCGUAAAUGCAUGGGCACGUUCAGCCUUCGAUGGUAAUCCAGCUGUUAUCAUUGCUCUCCCACCAGGCUCUCUCUCUCAACCCGAAACAAUCAGCGAAGAAACCAUGAUAAAAAUCACUCGCACAUUCGCGCAGCCCAUCUGCGUCUUCCUGUCGCUAUCUCCAGACGAUUCUACCCUCCUCGACGUUCGGUACUAUAUCAAUGCUUAUGCACCAAUUUUCUGUGGACACGGAAUGUUCGCAUCAACGAAAGCGCUAUGUACGAACGCUCUGCCAUCCCUUGGUCACUGGGGUCCCGAAGUGAAGUUCCGCACGAAGGCUGGAACAAUUGUUUCUGCGCACAUGGUCACAGAAAGCGAAUCUGAUGACGAAAUGUACGAGAUUGCGCUUCCCGCAGCUCCAGUUGCCACCUGUUUGGACGCAGAGACGGCCAGGAUUGCAAGCAUAGUCAGUGAAGCCGCCGGGAGGGAUGUACAGAUAGAGCAUAUCGUCAAAGGCGACGGCAAUAUGGACAAAUACGUGAUGAUUGUCGUCGGUCCAAAUGAAAACUUGGGCGACAUGAAACUGGAUAUUGAAGUCCUGCGCAAGACUUCUUACUUUACCAAUAUUAUCACACAAGCUACGCCUGACGCCGAUCAAGUCUUCGUUUCGCGUGUGUUUGCGCCGGUAGCAGAUCUCCCCGAAGAUCCGGUCUGUGGAAGCGCGCACACGCUGAUCGUACCUUACUGGGUGGCUCGACUCGGGAAGAAGAAUCGGGAGGAGAUGCAUGUUCGUCAGGUGAGCCCGCGUGGAGGAGAGUUGUGGGUGGCUUGGGAUCAGGAUACUGGCCUUGUCCGGCUCAAGGGCUACGCGAAGGCUUUUGGAAAAGGUGAAUUUACCAUUUAAAAUUGUCUGCCAAGGGGGAACAGAAGCAGCGUAUCUCACCUGUACAUACUUGGAAUACCAAAAUUUAUGCUGUGUGGGAAA